GGCUGACCAAACAGCCCCUAUAACAUUUGGCUUGGCUUCUCUCGUCAAAGUUCUUCACUUGAAAAUCAAGAAGAUGAGAUGGGAAAAUUGUUGGUAAUCACAAUUAUUUAUUGUUUUAUAUGCUAUUUUGUAAAACCCAUCUGUGGAAUUGUUCAUCUUAAAUCAUUAUCAACUUCAUUCGCGGAUACUCCAGCUAAAUUCAGUGCAAGAAUACAUGGGUCUAGAAUAUGUGGGGCUUUACUUGUAGCUGACCCAUUAGAUGCUUGUUCUUCACUUGUUAACUCUGGCGUUAAGUUUGAUGAUAUUAAGUUUGCUUUGAUAGUUAGGGGUAAUUGUAGUUUUCUCGACAAGGUUCGAAAUGCUCAACGUGCUGGUUUUGAUGGGGCUAUUGUGUUCGAUGAUCAAGUUGAGAAGAAUUUGAUCUCAAUGAUUGGAAGCCCUGAAGGUAUAUGGAUUCCUGCGGUUUUUGUUUCAAAUGAAGCCGGUGAGAGUCUAAUGAAGCAUGCCAGAGGAGAAGAUGGUGAAUGCUGCAUAAUCUCAUCUUUGAAGGAAACAUCAUGGAAUGUGCUCAUAAUUUCAAUCAUAUCUCUACUAGUUAUAGGAGCUGUCCUGGCUGCAUUUGUCUCUCUUCGGCUUUAUUGGAGGAAUCAGAAUCGACCAAGUAAUCAUGUUGGUGGAAAACUUGUGGAAUUACUUCCAUGCUCGAUAUUUAGUGCCACUCAUAUAAGUGGAUACAUGGAAAAGACUUGUGCAAUAUGCCUCCAGGAUUUUAGAGAAGGGGACAGUCUAAAAGUACUACCUUGCCAACAUAAAUUUCAUGCUAAUUGUGUGGGCUCAUGGUUGACUAAAUGGAACACAUUCUGUCCGGUAUGCAAGUAUGAUUUGAAGCCUGAAGUUACACACCAGUAGAGGUGAGUGAGCAAAUUCGUUGCAUAGUUUGCAAGGGAUCCGUACAGCAGCAGCCCUAGUGAUUAAUGAAUAUGCUUUUUCAAGAGCUUAAAAAGAGCAGUAAUCUUCUCUUAUUAAAUCUUCAGCAUCAUUCGUACAAUCUCUCGGUAAAUCGCAGCAUAGGAUGGUGUUUAAAAAACCAAUCGAUUGUGUAUGUAUCUGCACAGGAGAGCAAAAGAGUCAAUAUUGUAAUACUCAGGAGGGCACACUUCACCAUACAGUAGUUUGCUUAUCAAAUAGUAAUCAGUAUAUUGUUCCAUUCCAUAUAUAUUUCAGUGUCAUGAAAAAUAGUGAUUAGUGCAAAUCACUGUGAUUGAUAUUUUAAACUUAAUAGUUUUUGCAUUUAUAUACUUUUCUUCUUAAA